AUGUCAACUAACAAGCGAACUCUGGAAACCAUCACCAUCGACGAUUCCGAUGAAGAAAAAGCGCCGGUGGCGAAAAAGCCCCCAACUUCAAAUUACUCAGCAUGGGCUGAAAUUUUCAAUAAAAAAAAAACCGAAAAAUCCAAAGAUGCGGCUGUGGAGAAGGCGAAAAAGGACGCGGAUAAUGAGUUGAGAAGGCAGAAGUUGAAGGACGCGUUUAACGAGAGGAAGAGGAGAGAGCAAAUUGUAAAUGGGUCAGCUAGUUCGUCGGCAAGACCCUCAAAAACUCAGGAAAAAUCUAAAAAAAUUGAGAAACCUUUGCCGGCGCCGAGAAAAUCGAAGAAAUCCGAGGAUUCUCCAGGACCUUCUGGCUCCUCUAGUCAGUUGGAUUCUCAGGAUUCUCAAGAUCCAUCGGAAUUCGUUGCCAGCGAAAUCGCCAUCGGGACCGGCGAGCGUCUGAUUCGACCUCAAGAAAUCAUAGACAGGCGGGACAAAGUGUUCCUCGAAGUUUUCCGUCACAAAAAGUACCGUAGUCGUCUCCAAAUGCAGGCCAUCAAUUGUAUCCUCAAGCGAAAAUGUGAUGUCUACGUCUCCCUUCCGACUGGAGCCGGAAAAUCACUGUGUUAUCAGUUGCCAGCUGUUGUUCAUGGAGGGGUUACUAUCGUUGUCUCCCCCCUGAUUGCCCUCAUGAAGGAUCAAGUGAUGGCUCUGAGAAAGAAAGGAAUCCCAUGUGAAACGCUGAAUUCCACGUUGACACCUGUUGAGAGGACGAGGAUCUUGGGAGAAUUGGCUAAGAUGAAUCCGACGAUCCGGCUACUGUACAUCACGGCAGAAGGCUGUGCGACGGAUAGUAUGAAGGCGUUGUUGGGGAGUUUGACUCGACGAGAGGUGUUGAGAUAUAUUGUGGUGGAUGAGGCGCAUUGUGUCACACAGUGGGGACAUGAUUUUAGACCCGAUUAUCUAAACUUGGGUGCUCUUCGCGAUGUUUGUCCGGAUGUCCCGUGGGUAGCGCUAACCGCCACAGCCAAUGAAAAAGCUCAAAAUGACAUUUCCUCGCAGUUGCGGCUUCGAAAUCCAGAAGCCUUCAAAGCCGGAACCUAUCGUGACAACUUGUAUUACGACGUUCAGAUGAGGGAUCAUUUGCCGACGGCGCCAGAGAACCACAUGGCUUCGUUUAUCACCAAGUGCCUCACCAUCGACCAGGCGAAAACCACAUCAAAUUUGACGAAAAACGAGAAAUCUGCAAGAACGCAAGCCAAAAAAAGCUUCACUGGAUCUGCAAUUGUAUACUGUAGAUCGAGAAGCGAGUGUGAGCAGAUUGCUAACGUCCUGAGGAUCGCUGGCAUUCCAGCGAUGGCGUAUCACGCGGGACUGCCGAAAAAGGAGAGGAAUGAGGUGCAGGAGAAGUGGAUGAGCAAUGAGAUUCCGGUGGUGGCGGCGACGGUGGCGUUUGGAAUGGGAAUUGAUAAGCCGGAUGUUAGAGCUGUGGUUCACUGGUCACCGACUCAAAACCUGGCUGGAUACUACCAGGAAGCGGGACGUGCUGGUCGUGAUGGGAAACGGAGUUAUUGUAGAAUUUACUAUGCGAAGUCUGAUAAGAAUGCUCUGAAUUUUUUGGUGUCUGGAGAGCUGGCGAAAUUGAAGACAAAGGUUCGGAAGAUUUUUGGCAGAAAAGUCGAUGCCGAAAAAAAGAAUGCCGAGGGCGAGAAAGCCGCAAUGCAGAUCAAAUCGAUACAAGUGGGACUAGCGAAAAUGUUGGAGUACUGUGAGAGUGCCAAAUGCCGCCACGUUGCAAUCGCCGAGUUCUUCGACGACACCGAUUGUCGGCCGUGCGGAUCGAAUUGCGAUUUUUGUCGAGAUCCGAAGGCGACGUUGCAGAGUGCGCAGUCCUUCGCGAACGCCGGAGAUUCUCAUGGCUCGGUGUUCCGACGGCCAGGUACCUCGAGAGCCGAGUCUGGCUUCGAAUCGGUUUAUGGUGGUGGAAGACGUGGCGGAGAGACAGAAGACGAGUUGCUUUCCUCGAAUACGUCUUCUAAAGAUGCCAUGGAGCGUAUGGAGCACGAGGAGGCCAAGAGAGUUCGAGGACUCAUUGACAGCGAGUUUGCCAAGCGACGACGGGCGGCGCCGGCGGCUCCAACUGUGCCACGUGGAUCGCGACGAGUUGAGCCAGCGACAGAUAUUUCUGUAAUCAAGCCAGAGCAGGCGGUGAUCAAGAAUGUCACUCUAGAAAGCCGUGAAAAUUGGGUGCGCUACUUGCUCCGAGCCCUAGAAACCAAUUGGAUCGUGUCAGGACCCCCGGCGGGAAUCACCAUGAAGCAGUGCGCCGAACAGUUGGAAUACGGAAUGUAUUCUAUUUCGAAAAAUGAGACAACCUAUAAGAACAAAUUAGGUCAUAAGCUUGCUGAAAUCAAGACUCUAACCAAGAAGAACGAGCCUUUUCACUACACGAACACCGCCGUCGAGCAGAAUGGAUUUGUGAAGGCGGCGAAUUUAACCUAG